GCCGGGGGCGCGCACGCGCCGCCCCCUAAAGAAAGAAAGAAAGAAAGGAAGGAAGGGAAAGGGGGCAGCGGAGUGUCGGCGGCGAGAGUGGCUGUGUGGGCCACGGGUCAUCAUGCAGACUCUCGGCCGCACCGCGGCUGAUGUGCGGGUGCAGGAUGUGCUGAAACGGAGGAACCCGAGCAAACACUACGUGUACGUUAUCCAAGUAAACUGGUCAGAUAAUAAUUCAAACAUUAUCUACAGACGUUACAGCAAGUUUUUUGACCUACAGAUGCAGCUCCUAGACAAGUUUCCUGUCGAAGGAGGACAGAAGGAUCCUAAGUUGCGUUGCAUCCCUUUUUUGCCUGGAAAAAUUCUUUUUAGAAGAAGCCAUGUGAGAGAUGUAGCCAUGAAGAGACUGAGACCCAUUGAUGAAUAUUGCAGGGCUUUGGUGCGACUGCCACCCAUGAUCUCACAGUGCGGGGAUGUGCUCCGGUUUUUUGAACCUCGUCCUGAGGAUUUGAAUCCACCUAAGGAAGAUUGUGGAUGGAUGAGGAAAAAAUCAGGUUCGGAGUCUGUGGCGGAGCCCAUGGUUCUGGAUCAGUAUAUGGUGGUCGCUAACUACGAAAAGCAGGAGAACUCUGAGAUCAGCUUGAAAGCAGGGGAAGUAGUGGAUGUUAUUGAAAAAAGCGAGAGUGGUUGGUGGUUUGUGAGUACAACAGAAGAACAAGGUUGGGUCCCAGCUACUUACCUGGAGUCUCACAAUGAAACCCGAGAUGACCUGGAUAUCAGGACAACAAGAGCUGGAGAGGUCACUAAGAGACGUAAAGCUCAUCUGCGUCGGCUGGAUCGGAGGUGGACUUUGGGAGGAAUGUGUAGCCGCCAACAAAGCCCAGAGGAAAAAUAUAUCACUGUGCAACCGUACGUCAACCAGGGCAAAGAUGAAAUUGGGUUUGAGAAGGGCGUCAUGGUGGAGGUCAUCCAGCGAAAUCUCGAAGGCUGGUGGUUCAUCAGAUAUCAAGGCAAAGAGGGAUGGGCACCUGCAUCAUAUCUGAGGAAAAUCAAAGAUGAACUUUCUCCAACGAAGAAGCCUGUUAAUGGGCCGGUUGAGAUCAUUGGCAACAUAAUGGAAAUAAGUAACCUUCUGAACAAGAAAACAAGCAGUGAAAAAGAGAUUCAGACAGAGAACGAGCCCAGACAUUAUGAUCACCCUCCACUCACUGCAAAGGAGAUUAGCCUUCCACUGCCAUGUGAACAGACCAAUGGUGAUGUAGCAGUGUUAAUAGGAACAGAGAAGAGAUUCAGUCGAGCCACACCAGGCACCCCAGCUGUGGCCAGGAUCGCUCCACAGAGAGCAGAGAUAGGUUCCCCAAACCUAAGGCAGAAGCCACCCCCACGAAGGGAGGCAAGUAUGGGAUUCCAGUUGCCCAAGCCUCCAGAGCCGCCUGCUGUUGAAGUGGAAUACUACACCAUUGCAGAAUUCCAGACACACAUUGCUGAUGGCAUCAGCUUCCGAGGAGGCCAGAAAGCUGAGGUCAUUGAGAAAAAUCUAGGCGGAUGGUGGUACGUGCAGAUUGGGCAAAAGGAAGGCUGGGCACCAUCGUCUUAUAUUGACAAAAGAAAGAAACCAAACCUGUCCAGAAGAAGCAGCACACUAAUGCGGCCAAAGAUCCCUCCCCCAGCACCACCCACCAAAAGCAAGCCAAACUCUGGCGAAACAAGUCCAGGAAAUGAGCGGGAAUGCACACAGCAAAAACCCAAGUUUGAGGAACCAGAGUAUGAUAUUCCUUCUGCACUAUAUGACCAUGAGCCACAAAAUGAUCUGAGGAGCACUGAUUAUGAACUAGUCAAAGAAGAAUUAUUAGAACAGGACCAGACAGAUUCCAGCCAACAGCAGAUCAAACAAUGCCCAAACUCCACACUGAGGAAAGCUUACUUCAGAGUUGGUGAAUCUUCAGAAAGUUUACCUUGUGAUCACCAAUUCGUGUAUACUUCUGGUGAUAAGGAUUACAACCAAGGAGGAAGUAACAAUAAUUUAGUAUCUAAUGGGGUCUAUGAAAUUGUUAGUCAGGUUGUUGCUACACUGUCAGUAACUGAGACCAGCUCUUCACCAAAACACAUUUCCUCAAAGCAUUCUCUAAAAAAUCUUCAGUUAAAAUCUGAGACCAAAAAGGACCUGGAUCUUGGAAAGAGUGCAGAGAAUUCUAGCAAAUCCAUGGUUGAUAUCAAUGGGUGCAUUGUACAGAAACCUGGACCAAAACGAGAAAAGGACGCAUGUGAAACAAAUCCAGGCACAGAUCAGAGAGCCAUUUCCAGUCCCAUCACAAAGCCAAAGCCUUCUGUAAGACCAAAGCCUUUCCUGGUAAAACCAGAAGUGCAGAAUAUGGAGAUGAGCAGCAUCAGGCGCCAUCUUAGGCACACAGGACAAAUUAAGCAUAGCUCCAAAGGGGCAAAAAGUGAUGAUGCGGAUACCAGUUCAUUAACAUCCUCUGAAAAUUCAGAAGAUUCCUUCACUAAAAGUACAGUUGAUCUUUCAACACAUGCAUCACCGGGUCAUCAUCAGUCGGACGUAGCAAGGCCCAGUGAGCAGGAGGCAGAGUCAUUGUACCAAUAUAGGACAGUGGAUAAAUAUGAAAAAGUCCAGGAUAAUGAAAUCAGUUUUCCAGCAGGAAUAAUGGUACAGGUUCUGGAAAAACAAGAUAGUGGUUGGUGGUUUAUUAGAAUUGGAGACACGGAGGGAUGGGCACCUGUCUAUUUCUUGGAGCGUGUGAGUGGCAAACCUGCAGAGUGCACUGCUAAGUUGGAAACGUGUGGAGGUGAGAGGUCAAUGAAUGAAAAGCAACGCAACUGCACUGACAAAAUAGACACGGUCCAGGCAUUAAACAACAUCAACCUUGGUCUAAAGAGAGCAACACCUCCAAUCCCUGCAAAACCCCCUGGAGGGUUUACUAGACUAGGAGGAAAUGUGAAUGGUUCUGUAAAAAUGAGAAACGGUUUAAAGCAAGCAACUGUGAGGCCGCAAUCCGUAUUUGUUGCCCCCUCUUGCAAUGAUAAUACCAACCUGGCUGGAUUACUCAGGAGGAAUGAAUCUAUGGUGUGCACAGACAAUAUCAGGUCUACAGUCAGUAUUCGCCGAAAUUCAUCCUUCAGUACUGUCCGGUUACGGAAGAAGCCUGAUGAAUCUGAUAACCUUCACUCAUCUAUAUCGUCUUCCAGCCAAACAAAGGGUAAACCUCCAGAAAAGUGUGGAGUUGUUGAACCAGAUGUCACAGCAAGAAUCUCCCAGAAAAACGGAAUUCCUGUGUCUGCUGUUAGACCAAAGCCAGUAUGCAUCCAGGAGAAACCCCAGUUCGUGCAGAACAACUGGAGAGAGAUGUACGUUGCAAUUGCUGACUAUCAGGGAGAUGAAGAAACCAUGGGUUUCCAAGAAGGGAGUUGCGUGGAGGUGCUGGAACGCAAUCCCAAUGGUUGGUGGUACUGUCAAAUAAUGGAUAGAGGACGUUGUCAAAAAGGAUGGGUGCCUUCAAAUUAUUUAGAAAAAAAGCACUAAUAUUUGUUUUAUAUAAAAUAUUUCUAAUUUA